AGCCCCGCGAACCUACUACCGCCCAUCAAGCGGAACCCGGGGCUGCCCCAUCUCUAAUGGAUGACGGUUGGAGUCUUUGACCGACGCCAACAGCAGCCAGCCCUGAUCAACAGCCUUGACCUCGACCAGCCAUCACUUCCAUACCGCUGCCGUGCCCAGCCAGAUCAGACCCAACCGCCACAAUGUCCGACGACGACUUCAUGCAAGCCUCGGACGAGGAGGAAUACGACUUCGACUACGAGGACGACGACGACGGCAACGAUGAGGCGGUCGACAUCGAGAACAAGUACUACAACGCCAAGCAGCUCAAGCUGAGCGAUCCCGAGGAUGCCAUCGACGAGUUCCUCGGGGUUACGGCGCUGGAGGAGGAAAAGGGCGACUGGGGGUUCAAGGGCCUGAAGCAGGCCAUCAAGCUCGAGUUCCGGCUGCAGCGCUACGACAAGGCCAUCGAGCACUACGAGCAGCUGCUGACGUACGUCAAGUCGGCCGUCACGCGCAACUACUCUGAAAAGUCCAUCAACAACAUGCUAGACCACAUCGAGAAGGCGUCGGGCGCCGACGCAGGGGCGGGCAGGUGCCUCGAGGCCUUCUACUCGCUCACGCUGCAGUGCUUCCAGAGCACCAACAACGAGCGGCUGUGGCUCAAGACCAACAUCAAGCUGUGCAAGCUGCUGCUGGACCGGCGCGACUACAACACGGUGACGCGCAAGCUGCGCGAGCUGCACAAGGCGUGCGAGCGCGAGGACGGCACCGACGACCCCAGCAAGGGCACGUACGCGCUCGAGAUGUACGCGCUCGAGAUCCAGAUGUACGCCGAGACGCGCAACAACAAGCAGCUGAAGCGGCUGUACAGGCGCGCGCUCAAGGUGCGGUCAGCGGUGCCGCACCCCAAGAUCAUGGGCAUCAUCCGCGAGUGCGGCGGCAAGAUGCACAUGAGCGAGGAGAACUGGAAGGACGCGCAGUCGGACUUCUUUGAGAGCUUCCGCAACUACGACGAGGCCGGGUCGCUGCAGCGCAUCCAGGUGCUCAAGUACCUGCUGCUGACCACGAUGCUCAUGCGCUCCGACAUCAACCCCUUCGACUCGCAGGAGACCAAGCCCUACCGCAACGACCCGCGCAUCGCCGCCAUGACGGACCUGGUCGACGCCUACCAGCGCGACGACGUGCACCGCUACGAGGACGUGCUCAAGCGCAACACGGACCUGCUGGCCGACCCCUUCAUCGCCGAGAACAUCGACGAGGUCACGCGCACCAUGCGCACAAAGGCCGUCCACCGCCUCAUCGCCCCCUACCAGCGCCUGCACCUGUCGUGGAUCGCGUCCCAGCUGCGCAUCGGCCCGGAAGAGGCUCGCGACAUUGUCGGCUACCUAAUCCUAGACGGCCAGGUCGACGGCAAGAUUGACCAGCGCCGCGGCAUCGUCGAGAUCGACUCGAGGACCGACUCGGACCGCACGCUCGCCAUCCUAGAGCUCGCAAACGCCAUCCCCCUCUACUUUGACCAGGUCUUCAAGGACGGCGAGGGCCUGCGCUCCGCCACGGGCGACGGCUCGCUCGGCGGCGGCGACUUUGACUUUGGCGACGGCCACCAGGGCCCCCCCUCCAGGUUGAGCCGCCGCGCCAAGGUCGGGAAUAUGUACAAGAACGCCCCGGGCUCGGGCCCGGGCGGCGGUCAUGCUUCGUCAUCGACCGGCAUAAGUGGGGGCGGCUCAGCCGUGUGGCAAGCAUGAAUCUAUAUGAUGGGGGAACCAGACCUCCGUAGUACGAUGCUGGCUUUGUCGUAGUCUAGGUCACUUUUAUUUCCAGUCCGAGCGUGUAUUGGCUUUAGACCCUUAACCCAAAGGCGUUAUGUGACAUGGCACUGAUCCUGUUCCAUAUUUCUUUCUUCGGAAGCUAGGCGUUUAUGUGGUCGUCUCUGGUCGUCUCUGGAAUCUGUACAAAUUUCAUCCAUCACCGUCCGUAACUGUGUUGGCGGUGGCGCCGGUUCUCUCCCGCCACACCCGCCGAAACAGAGCCGUUACAGACACUAAUCCCAGCCCCGUGUUGCGGUGCUUGCUUUGGGCCCCUCGCACAAGGAGCCGCCGUGCGGCA